CGAUGAAAUCACUUGCUGGCUGCUGUCUCAGAUCUCAGAAGCAGGGAGUGACUGUGACUCAGUGGAGAGGAAGACAGAAACACAGCAGAGCAGAGUGAGAAACUGAGUGACAGGCAUCUUUAGACAGGAAGAGGAGAACGAUCAUGAAUCGUUUCAGGACAUCUAAAUUCAAGAACUGCAUUCCCAAGAUCCCAAAGAAAGAUGCCUGGAUUGGGGAUAUUGGAGCUGGAUCUUCAUCUUCUAUUGGAAACAACAUAAAGUGUGGUCCGCGUCUGAUUGCAUUUAACACAGAUAGCUCAGGAGUGCUGGGUAUCACCUCACUGGACGUUGGGGAUGGAGAAAAAAGGAAGGUCUCUCGUUUGAGCUGUCACUCAGAUUUGGUGACAGACUUUGCGUUCUCUCCAUUUGACGAAAAUCUUUUGGUGACUGGAUCUUCUGAUCAAACCGUGAAGCUGUGGCACUUGUCUGAGCCUGGGGACUCCGGCACUCAGAGAGGGAGCCUCAGUGGAAAUGGAGGGCAAGUGCGGGCACUGCAGUUCCACCCCUGUGCCGACAACCUUCUGGUUACUGCAGCUGGAAAGACGGCACAGAUAUGGGACAUCUCCCGAGAGCAGACUUUGGCAGCCGUUGAUUCUCAUGGGGAUCACGUGCAGAGUGUGUGCUGGAGUCUGGACGGAGUACUGUUGGCGACGUCUUGCAAGGAUAAGAGACUGAGAAUCUUUGAUGUUCGGAAGAGCUCAGGAGCCAUUGAGAACGCACAAGGUCAUGACAGCAACAAGGACUCGCGGGUGCUGUGGACAAAUUCUAACAAACAUCUGCUAACGUCUGGAUUUAACCAGGUCAGGGAGCGUGAGCUGCUACUGUGGGACAUUCACAACUUCAGCCGCCCAGUUACGUCUUUCUCUUUGGACGCCUCCUCAGGUCUUCUUAUUCCGCUGUAUGAUGCAGAUACUGGGCUACUCAUCCUUGCUGCUCAGGGUGAAGGAUCUAUAUACUGUAUGGAAGUUGGUACAGAGCCACCUGCUCUCACACAGAUUUCCCAGUGCGUCACAGAGGAGCAGUCUCGUGGUCUGGCUUUGGUUCCUAAGAUUCGUCUUGAUGUUAUGAGCUGUGAACUUCUGCGUCUCCUGCAGCUGACGGACAAGUUCAUUAUUCCCAUCAGUUACAGCGUCCCACGCAAGUCCGUACAGGAGCUCCAGAAAGAUCUAUUUCCAGACACGAAUGGCUGCUCCUCCGCGCUCUCAGCUCAGAGCUGGUGGGAUGGAGACAACAAGCAGGUUCAAAAGGUUUCCUUAGAUCCCUCCUACAAGCCUGGUCAUUCCUAUAACUCCAGCAAAGUGGCUGUGAAUAAUCGCCGGGAACAGGACAUUGUGUCACCAGAUGCAGAGCCGAGCGAGGGCAGUGCCGUGUCCUCUCCCACCAGUUCUCUCACCUCCCCGUCUAGCGGAAUUGUCUCAAGCACAAGCCAGCGAUCACUGCAAAGCAUUUUGGGUCCCAGCUCGCGUUUCCGUCACACUCAGGGAACAGUUUUACACCGUGACAAUCACAUCACCAACCUCAGGGGAGUGAGCCAGAGCACACCGGGGGAAAGUGACGGAUUCUGCCUGAACCACGAGAGGCUGGCACUACCACUGUCUGGCCCAGGGGGGCAGAUUGCUGUAUUGGAGCUCUCACAGCCUGGCAGACUACCAGACACACUACCUACCAUCCAGAACAAGGCACCUGUGACCGACCUGAUUUGGGAUCUCUUUAACACCCACAAGCUGGUUACAGGAGGGGAGGAUGGGCGGAUCCGCGUCUGGUUGAUUCCACUGAAAGGGCUGACAGAGACACUCACGGAACCUGACCAAGUCUUGGUUGGUCACAAUGAACGAAUUUACACCGUGCGUUUCCAUCCUUGCGCCUCAGAUAUCCUUGCCUCCUCUUCCUACGACCUAGCUGUGCGCAUUUGGAAUCUGCAGACUGGGCAGAAUGUCCUUACAUUGCAGGGUCAUGGAGACCAGAUCUUCUCUCUGUCCUGGAGUCCAGAGGGUAAAUACCUGGCUACCUGCAGCAAAGACCAGAAAAUCCGUAUCUAUGAGCCUCGGACGUCUAAACAGCCGUGUCAGGAGGGAGCCGGACCCGAGGGUGCACGUGGCGCUCGUGUUGUGUGGGUGUGUGAUGGAAAGUACCUGCUUGUCUCCGGAUUUGACGGUCGCAGUGAGAGGCAGCUAUUACUGUAUAGCGCUGAGGAUCUGUCAAGUGGUCCUGUCACCUCACAGAGCCUCGAUGUGUCCCCCUCCACCCUCAUUCCCUACUACGAUCCAGACACCGGUCUCCUGCUACUCACAGGAAAGGGAGACACUAGAAUGUUUUUGUACGAAGUGACACAGGAGCCUCCCCACUUCCUGGAAUGUAACAGUUUUAUCUCCAGUGACCCUCACAAGGGUUUCCAGUUCCUGCGCAAGGCAGACUGCGCUGUUCGUGAUGUUGAGGUUCUGCAAGCUUUUCGGCUUAGCGCUAGCUCUCUUGAACCUGUGGCUUUCCGGGUACCUCGUGUCAAGAAAGAGUUCUUCCAGGAUGACGUUUUCCCCCCAACCCGUAAAAGCUGGGAGCCGGCACUGUCUGCAGGAGACUGGCUCAGUGGGAAAGACAAGCUGCAGGGCACCAUCAGUCUGUGUCCUCAGGGCAUGAUACCAGUCAGCGAGGCUCCUAUAGAAGCUCCCGUCAGGAAGAUCCUCCCCUCAUCUGUGUAUCUUCAGGAGAAGUCUGAUGAGCAGAAGAAAGAGGAGCUGCUGACUGCUAUGGUAGCCAAACUGGGAAAUCGAGAUGACCCUCUGCCACAAGAUGCCUUCGAAGGUGUCGAUGAGGAUGAGUGGGCCAGGUACUUGGCACAGAUUGUUGUGAUGGGGGCACAGGUGGUGGGACGAGCCUUUGCUCGAGCGCUACGCCAGGAGUUUGCUGCAAGCAGAGCAGCUGCUGAAGCACGAGGAGGCCGGGCUGGGAAAGAGUCCGCAGCAGCCAGCAGUUUGUCUGGUAUCAGCCUUCAGGAGGCUCAGCAGAUACUAAACGUGACCAAGCUCCACGCAGAAGACAUCCAAAAGAACUACGAGCACCUUUUUAAAGUGAACGACAAGACAGUUGGGGGCUCAUUCUACCUGCAGUCUAAGGUUGUACGAGCCAAAGAACGACUGGAUCAAGAGUUAAAUAUCCAGGAUAAUGAACAGAAAGAUCAGAGCAAACAGACGUGACAACAAGCACUUGCCCCUGACCACUUCACUGCCAGAUAAGCCUGGAAUACAUUGCACGACAGUGAGAGAAUAUACAGAUUUAUGUGCUGCCGGCUUCUGAGACAGCAAAGGGACUCUCUCUUCCACCACCAAAUCCUUGCUGUGUAAUUUAUAACGGUGACAAUAAAGCUGUCUGAUUUUGUAGGGUACCAACCUAAAGUAAUGGUCUGUUCUUAACCAUUUCAGUGCCAGAGGGGCAAGCAGAUUGUAUUGUUAAAAGCGGCAGAAAAAGAGCUGUUUUUAAAGGUGCCUAUGAGACUGUUAAACGUGUUUUUUUUGUAUGUAAUUAAAAUCUGUUUAUAUAGAAA